AUGACCUUUAAAGGUCGAUAUACAAAAUCAAUAGAAAAUUAUAAGUUAACAGUACCACACAGGCUCUCUCCAGAAGGAGAGUUCCUGUCAUUUUCUUUGCCACAACAUUUCUCGCACAAACCUACCAGAAAACGACGAAAGAGGAGUCUGGAAGACCCAGACUUGGUACAUUACGGUGUUUCUAUAGACGGGCAGGACUACCACAUAGAGCUAUGGCCCAACCACGACUUCGUAUCCCCAAAUUUGGUAUUCGAAAAUAGGGAUCCUACCCUAAAAGUACAAGAGAGGAAAGUGAGGUCUUUAGGCGAUAGAAAACUGUGUCAUUAUACGGGAAGAGUCCGAGGACAUGCAAACUCGCGAGCUGCCAUAUCCACAUGCUCGGGUUUGGCAGGAUACAUUAUGUUGGACAACGUAAGGUACUUUAUAGAGCCCAUGGACGAGCAUGAGCCUAAUGAACACGGUCAUCAUUUGCACCUGGUCCACGAACCCUCUCCAGAAAUGCAGAAGUACGAAGGGCGUACUUGUGGCACCAAGGAUAACUGGGAGGAGGCGUGGAAGGACAGCUUCAGGGACAAGCUGAUGAGAGAAGGCAAGUUGGAAAAGAGGGGUACGGCAAGUGAGCACAGGUACCUGGAAUUAUUGAUAGUUUCUGAUAAGAAGUUUAUAGACCACCAUAAGAACAAGGAUGUAGAGCUCUACGUCAUGACCAUUCUGAAUAUGGUCUCCGAUUUCUAUCACGACGGCAGCAGUGGUAACUUAAUGGACGUCGUCAUCGUCAGAAUGAUGUUCUUGGAGAAAGAAGAGGCGGAGAUCGACCUAGAGAUCAGUCCAGCCGCGGAGCAAACGUUAGACAGUUUCUGUAAGUGGCAGGUCAAGAUUAAUCCACCUGAGGAUAGUCCGUUACACCAUGAUAUCGCUGUUUUGUUGACCAGGUACGACAUAUGCUCCUCGGACGAGACCGGCUGCGGUCUGAUGGGUCUGGCCUACGUCGCAACAGCGUGCAGAGACGACAAGCACUGCGCCAUCAAUGAGGACGGAGGAAUAAACCUGGGCAUCGUCGUGACUCACGAGGUGGGCCAUGUAAUGGGAUGCUCGCACGACAAGGAAGGCGAUUCCACUUGUGUGGCCCAGGAUCCAGCUGAUGAGUCGUUCUACGUCAUGGCACCCUACGUUCACAUUUACACGACUAAAUGGUCUACGUGCAGCAGGGGAUUCAUAACUGCUAUGUUCGAGAACGGUUUGGGUGAUUGCUUGAACGACGAGCCACAACCGAGUCAAUAUAAGUUCAAGAACGUCUUACCUGGGGUGGUUUACGAUGCCGAGGCACAAUGUCAGUUUAAUAAUCCUGGAGCCACCAAGUGUAAAACAAGUGAAAAUGACUUUUGCAAGAUGCUCUGGUGCAAACCGACUCCAGAUGCGGGUUCCUGCGUAGGCAAUCAAGAACCUCCUGCAGAUGGCACCAAAUGCGGCGAAAAUAGGUGGUGUUUCCAUGGUAAGUGCGUGCAAAUAGGGGAACGUCCUUCUGCCAUCAACGGAGGUUGGGGCGAGUGGGGUCCUUAUUCCAAGUGCUCGAGGUCUUGUGGUGGAGGAGUCUCUACAUCUGAGCGAGACUGUACCAACCCAGUACCACAGUUCUUGGGCAAGUUCUGUCUGGGGGAGAGAAAGAAGAUCAAGCUUUGUAACACAACUCCUUGCCCAACUAAUACGCCUACCUUUAGAGAAGUCCAGUGCACGAAACAGAACAAGAAACCAUUCAAUGGCCAGCUUCAUACAUGGAAAGUGUACAGUGAUGCAAAGGAGCCUUGCGCCCUCUAUUGUGUGAACGAGCAACGAACUUACUCCAAGCUGAAAGAUGCAGUUGAAAACGGGACUCCUUGCAAGGCAGGAACGAAGGAUAUGUGUAUUGAUGGCGUAUGUAGAAAAGUCGGAUGCGACUACCAGUUUGACUCAGAGGCAGUAGAGGAUGCUUGCGGUAUUUGCAAUGGCGAUGGUACUCAAUGCAAAAUCGUGGAAGAAGUUUACAAAGAAGUGGCAGUCGACUACAAAAAGGUGGUCACUAUACCAGCAGGAAGUAGGAAUGUUCGAAUUGAUGAGCUUGGGACUUCAACGAAUACCCUUGCUAUUUCCGACAAAACAGAAAAGAAAUUCUUUCUCAAUGGGGAUCAUAAUGAGGAACAAGAUGGUGAGAAGAAAAUAGGGGGUGCCAUAGGAAUUUAUUCUCAUCCUGAAGCAGGCAAAGAGGCUCUUGUUAUCAGUGGACCCCUUGCUGAGGAUAUUAACUUCUUCAUUGUGUUCUACAAACCAGAAAAUGUAGGUUAUCGUUACAAGUACGCGGAACCUAGCACGGACGUAAGCUACACGCCGCACUACCAGUGGGAGCUGUUGGAAUGGUCCGACUGUUCAGCAAAAUGCGGUGGUGGUGAACAAACCGCCAAAUACGACUGUGUGGAAGACAAAGCGGGCAAGGUGAGCGGCAACUUUUGCAUGGGGAUGGAAAAGCCGGAAUCUUCCACGAAGAAGUGCAACGAGGAUCCAUGCAAGACCAAGUGGAAAGUGGGGAAGUGGAGUAAGUGCCGUGCCUGUAAGAACCGUUCUGGUGUGAGGAUGCGAGAAGUUGUGUGCGUCAAAGAGUCGCCUAGGGCAGGUGCCGAGGAUAUCCUUGAAGAAGAUAAGAAAUGCAAGGAGCCCAAGCCCGGCACCAUGGAGUUGUGUGACUCACACACGAAGUGCAAAACACGAGACGUCGGCGAGAGGGAUGACGUUCCAAGCAUCGAUAUACCUAGCGCUUUGAUGGAGGACGUCUGGUCGCAGAUUAGUAGAAGAACUAGAGGAAAUCAGGAAGCGGACCUGGACAAUCUAGUUAACCAACUCAACUCUAACUGUUCCAUCAGCGACGCAACUGGCAAGAACAAGACCAAGAACGCUACAAUUCACUUCAACGUCGGCGCUAUUAUUCAGGACAGGAUACCCGCCGAAGAAAUCAAGCUAAUUCGGGCGCCUCUGAGGAAAUCUCACACCGCAUUCAACUUAUCGGACCAGGCAUACGAAUCUAUGGGAGAUACAGUUGAGGACGUGCUGGAUACUAGCCAUGCAGAGAUAAUUACAGGAAAUAAAGCCGCGAAGCUGAUGAAGGAGAUGGAACACAGGCUCGAUAACGAGACGGGGAACGCGGAAGAACAACCGAAAAAAGAGACGACGAAGAAAACGGCAAGCAAAGGACAUAAAAAGGGUCACGGAGCCCAUAAGGAGCGAAAACAAUCGCACUGAUGUAUUUAACAAAGGAUGUAAUCCUGCCGGAUUUGCAAAGAAGAAAGUUUAUUCGGUACAGCUCCGUGAGAGGCAAGUUGUAUAGGUGUAGGAGUCAUAUUGUAAUUAAUUUUAAUAAACCAUUGAAAUCUACAUUCAA